GCACACUGCCGUUUACCGAUGCGCAUGCGCAUGAACCGUGCCACCAGAGACGGUGGUCCCUGCUCAGAUUACACUAACGCACACGCAGGGCCGGGUUUCCCUGAUCUUGGUUAGAAUAAAUCAUGUAACUCUACUGCUGAAGCAACAACCUGUACCGGUGUGGGACGAACGCUUUGCACGAGCGUGGUCCUCCCCGUUAAUCCCGGAGCGUUUGUGCGGUGACGUCGCUAUCGCGCACUCAUCGACUUUCCCGUCAGAAAGUGUCCUGCUGCACUUCCGAGGAUGAAAGCGACUCUGUAAUUCUGCUAAAGCGGGUGUUUCUUUCUUCCUUCGUUUGGUGCCACGUGCACUUCUGCGCGGUUCCCGACAGGUGGCUCUGGGACUCUCCGCAGGCACGGGACGCGCGAGCCUCUUCUCCCCCCAUCCGCGUGUGGAACAGUGGCGUGAGGCGAGCCGGACGAGGCGCCUCUGUCGGGGAAGUAACUGGACUUUAAAACUGCAGACGCGUCACAGAAGUCGCCCGCCCUCGCCCCGACAGCUCGCGCGCAGCUCGUUCCCGCAGCUCGUCGGUGGCGCAUUUCCUCGCGCGGAACACGUCUGAUUCACCCGCAUCACGUACUGCCGGAAUCGUUUCGUGCUCAGCUGCGAGGUCGGCGCGCGCACUAACUGCGGCGGAGACAUGGGAAUCCGAGGGAUUUGGGUCUGCGUCUGCCUCACGGCGCUCGCGGACGUGCGCUCGCAGAGCCUGACGAAGUGCGCGAAGGUGCGCGAGGCGUUUCAGCUGAGACAGCUCGGCGCGGCCAAGGCGGCGCCCGACACCUCGAGCGCAGGUCCAGACCUUCAGAUGACCUCCUCCACCUGCCGGUCACACAACCUCACCUGCUGCACCAAGAAAAUGGAGGAGCGGUACCAGGUGGCGGCCCGGCGGGACUUCCAGAACCUUCUGCAGAAGUCCUGCUCCAGCCUCAAGCUCUUCCUCAGCCGCAGUGUGGCUGCUUUCCAAGAGGCAGUGGAGGUUCUGGUUCAUCAGGUACAGAAUCACACUCUAAGCCUCCUGCAGUCCGCGUACGGAGAUCUGGCCGAGCGGAUGUUGCCUCCAGUGUCCGAGCUCUUCGCCGACGUGGAGCUGUUUGUGUUGGGGGCGGAGCUCAGCCCGGAGGAGGCGGUGCAACGCUUCUUCCACAGCCUCUUCCCUCUGGUGUUCCAGCAGCUGGUGGAGCCGGGCCUCGCCCCUCUAGACCCCGCCUAUGCCGAGUGCGCGCGCACAGCAGCGAUGGGGAGGCGCGGCCCCGGAGCCUUUGGCCCCGCCCCCGGCCUGCUGGCGGCACGGGUGGGCGGAGCCUCCCUCCCGGCCCGCCUCUUCUUGCAAGCGCUGCACCUGGGUGUGGAGGUGGUGAAUACCACGGCGAGGCCAAACCUGGCGCGCGAGUGCCGGCGUGCUCUGCUGCGGAUGGCGUACUGCCCACGGUGCCAGGCACUGCCGGCCCGCCCACCCUGCAUGGGUUACUGCCUCAACGUGCUGCGUGGCUGUCUGGCCAGCCUGGCCGAGGUCGACGCACCCUGGAGGGAGUUUGUGCGCUCGCUGGAGGAGCUGGGCUCGCCGCCCCGCGCUGGGUUGGACCUGGGACAGGCGCUCGGCGACACGACCGCGCUCGUCCGGGACGCAGUGGCGCACGUGCGCGCGAGCGCCCCCUGGCUGUCAGCGCAGGUAAGGAGUGUGUGUGGCCUCCCCAGACGAGAGACGGCCCAUGCCCGCAUCAUCCAGCAGGGCAGCGGUAUGCGCGACCCCUCCCUGCCCCUCCGGAGGCCUACCACGCGUACGGAUGACACUCUCGGUAUCCGGACACGGGAGCUCCUGCAGGGUCUGCGUGUGUACCGGACGUUCUACGGUGGCCUGGCAGACCAGAUGUGUGUGAGUGAACUGGCCUCUGCUGACACCAUCACCUGCUGGAACGGAGCUGAUAUGGUCAGGAGCUAUACCCAGCGUGUCACUGGGAAUGGAGUCCAGGCCCAGAGUGAUAACCCUGAAGUCCGGGUAAAGGAGGUGGAUCCCAUCAUUAAUCAAGUCAUUGAUAAACUGAAGCACAUCAAUCAGCUGCUGCAGGGGCGGACCAUUCCGAGGCUGGGCACCUUGGACCGGAUCGAGGUAGGCAGUGGGGACAUGGUGGCUCCGUACAGUGGGGACUGCGAUGACGAGGACAGCUGUUGGGGUUCAGGGAAUGGCGUCUCCGACAGACCCGCCGCCCCCAAACUGGCACCAGAGCAGAUCCCGCGCACGCAGGACACCGGUCCUGCGUCCGUCGCCCGGCCCGCACAGACCCGAUGCGUCCUGCUGGUUCUGCUCGCUGCCGCCGCUGCGCUGUUCUCCAGUUAGGGCCCAGGGGCCCACCCCGCUCAGACAUCGCUAAGACUGUGUGUGUGUGUGUGUGUGUGUGUGUGGAUGACCACGUCAGGAAAAAGAGGAAGACACACAAACUGAAACGCAAGACAGAACUGAAACACCCAUCUUCGCCCUUCAAAAGUUUCCACUUUAAAACGACUGAAAUUUAUUUCUCUUUUUUUUUCUACCUUCAGCUUAUGCGAAAUUAAGCCCUUUUGAAUUAAACCUGUUUAAUACACUACUGUAAGACAUAAUGAACUUAGGGCACUUAAGGUCAGUGUUUUAAGAUGGAACAACGCAAUAUUUUAAUUUCUUUUCAUCGAUUGUGGAGAACUUGGUACUAUGUACCUGAACAGCCUCGCUGGUCUGUCUUAAUAAACAUUCAAUGUUUUAUUGACAUUUUUAUUGAUAUUUUAAUUAACUGUAUGUUGAAUAUUUUAAUCUGAAAGAGCAAACAGAAUGAUGUAGAAAGCUAUCAAAUAUGUGUUUUGUAUUUAUUCUGUGUUUAUAGUGACAGGCAAUAAACAUAUAUGUUGACCUAAAAA